CCAAAAUUAGGCGUCUCAGUUUUCAGUCAAAUCUUAUCCAUUUGACAAGUCAUGUUUAGACCACGAACAUUCCUUUCAUUGCCUCAAAGAUCGGGAUUUCAGUUUUCAACUUUGCCUAUUUAAAAGAGUCACGUACACAUGCAAGAGGUAAACUUUGAAUCAACGUUCAAGUUAUAGGUAUUGUGAGGCGAAACACACUUUUUCUUUACAGUUUUUCUUAUUGGGAAGUAAAUAUAGUGUAAUGUCAGUCAAUCGAUGGGUCUACUGACGAACUAAACCCAUGUGGGAUGUUGUGAGAACGCGCAACUGGAACGUUUGUAAGUCACAAACCGCUGACCCUCUGAGCCGUUUUGAGUGAUUUGAGUGUUUUAUGACCAACCCAGCUGAGUUUAUUGGACUGGUUAAUCGAUCUCUAACAAAAACAAAUUUUUGAAAAUUAAACGUUCGUCAAAGAGAGAGAGAGAGAGGGAGAGAAGUAAAUUCAAACUUCUUCCUCAAGUUGCCUAUCUUAGCACAUUUAUGGGAUGAAACGUUAAACCAAUGACAGUCGCUAAAGACAUGAAAGCACACGCUCAUAGCAGGUUAAAAAAAAAAAAAACAGAAACAAAAACUGUGGAAUGAAGGAGACAAGUACAUUUAGCUCUGUUAAAGGCCAUCGGUAAAAAACGGAAAAUGUAUUUGAGUCUCAAAGUGCUUUGACGGGGAAAUUCAGUAAAUCGUGGCUCGAUUCGCUCAUUAGGCACAAGAGUAAAGGACUGGAAGUAAACUUUGUAAGUUUUUAAACACAGAGAUUGAGGUAAUGAUUUUAACAGCGCUUUUCUAUUCAACAGUUAGGCGACUGGAAUUAAUAUUAGCUCUGAAACACUGUUUCUAAAUAUUUCUUUCGGACUUAUUUACUAUCUUUAGAGGCUGUGAUACCGACCAUUAUUUCUACAUUAAUGUGUCAUGCAGCUAAAGGAAAACCAACACUAAUAUAAGUAGCAACUAAUCUCAUUUGUCGUGUGAUGCAUAUAGCUUUGUUAAACGUAAACCUUUGUUAGCUCGUUAUAGAUUUUUCCCUGCUUCAGCUUUUAAUCCAAAUUGAUCAUCGUGAGUCAACUGUAAUCGGAACGUGCACUGACGUUUGCAGAAAUGCUACAGAAGGCUCAGACAGCGCUUUUAAAAAACAGCUAUCUACUUAGAGCUAUAAAUUACCAUUAUCUUGUGGGAUUAUUCUGUUGCCCUUCAUCCUCGUUUGCUGUCAUUAAAUCCAUUCUCAUCUCGAACUAGGGUAACUGGUUCUAUAUGUCCCAUUUCUUCGGAACAUAGACAUGCAUCUGAGCAGAGGGAUUCCGCUGUUGGUCGUUGCUUGCUGUAUUGGACAUUGUAAGUACUUAGCUUUCUCAAAAUAAAAAUUGUAAUUAAAAUUUGUUCCACUCAAGGGACCUGAAUAAAAUAUGUCAACGUAGGAAUAAGUCUUUGGGGCGUUUUUGACCUUUUACCUCUUAAAUCUGCCCGAGCGUUGUUUCUGAGGGAUUUUAUUUCGCUGGGUGUCCAUGGCAACAAAACUGUUCUCGGGAGAGCAAGUUGGCCCUAUUUCUUCUUUCAUAGCUUACAUUUCUGAAACAGGCAAUACCGAUACCUUGUAAAGAAAGCGUCUUGUCCUGCUAUAAAACCACUUACUGAAUCAUUUUAAAGGAAUAAGCAUUCUGGUUUCGAAAUUGACUAAGUAAUGCGCUACCAAUGCAGGGAUUAAAGUAUUCCACCUACUCUGAUGAAUUAAAGUUUGAUGAUAGGUGCUCAGUGUGAUGAAAAUCAGUUGUCGCAAUGCAAAAGAGUUAUUAACGGGCGGCCGUCAGUUCAACCAGUCUCAUGGCCGUGGUUGUUGUCCAUCAGAGCCAUGAAUGAGCACAUGUGCGGUGCGUCACUUAUCAGUGACGAGUGGGCGCUUACCGCUGCCCACUGUCUCUUUGACGAAUACAACGAUAUGGUUCAUCCGGGGAAGCUGGUUGUGGUCGCAGGUAAGCUCUCUGAGAUCACCGUUGUCUUUAAAGUUCAUUCUGUAGGAGCCAAGUCUACAACUGGCCUAGAUGGGAUGCCAUAUAAUGUUAUGCAGUUCUUCAUACAUCCUCUCUACAAUCCGUUUGUAUUUCCCGGCCCGUAUGAUAUAGCACUAAUAAGACUCUCUCGGAGGCUUCAAAUACCGCCCGUGCGUUUACCAGUCAGCGGAGCACCAAUUACUGAUGCUGAAUGCUGGGUUGCAGUUUCAGGUUGGGGUUAUUCAACUGUUCCGGUUAAAGUUGGUCCCUUAGUCCUACUAGAAGCUCCACUGCCGCUCGUGGAACCUUUUCUAUGUAAUUCCAUUAACCCGCGCUUACAACUGUGUGCCAGAGGAGUGGGGACCAGUCCAUGUCAGGGCGAUAGCGGAGGACCCCUGCUCUGUAAUGACAAUGGGAAAUGGGUCCUUCAAGGGAUCACGUCCUUUGGUAACGAGUAUUGCGUUCCUUCUAAGCCAUGUGUGUUUACGCGCGUUAACGCUUUCAUUGACUGGAUUGCCCUUACUAUGAAAGGUAAGACGUUCUGUAACGUUUAUGUGCCUCAGAAGUCACUGCUCAAACUUAUUUGUUUUUUGAUUAAAUAA